AAGGUUGUCUCUAUAAACAUGAGUGUUGAUUUCAAAACUUGUUGAAAUAUCACUUACUGGCUGAAAGUUUGGAAAAAUUGUGAUGGAUUAUAAAGUCAAUUGUUCAAACUUAACCUCUGGCCAUCGAACCCAACUAAGGGAAUGAUAACAACAACACUUAUCGCUCUCAAAGGCUAGUCCUGCUGUUAGUCAACAUUCCAAGUUUCAGGUGCAUCUAAAACGAGAUGGAUGAUAUCCCAUUAUCUUCACCAUUGGGUUCCUCGGCAUACUCAUAAAAAUAACAAUGGACCCGCUCCAAUGAGCCUGUGGUGGACCAACUCAACUGGAAAAGCAGUCGCUUAAAUCAGAUUGUUCAUAAACUCUGAGACUGACAGUCGUGAAAAGUGCUUGGAUAAUGUGAACGCCAGGAAUUUAGUGAUUUUUUUUCAGUUCAGAGAAAUGUGAUCCAUGGGAGCUUGUCAUGUAUUGGACUAAUGUGUUGACUUUAACUACGCUAUUCAAUUUGGUGGUCACAACAACAGCUGGAUACUGGUCAGAUUGGAGCGAGUGGAGUGUUUGUUCAAGAUCUUGUGGUGGCGGAGUAACGUAUCGUCUACGACAGUGUCUCUAUAGAAACGAAUUCAGUUCAACAAGAAAAACCUGUUCUGGAAAGACUAUAAAGUACAAAACCUGCAACAACAAGCCAUGUGAAAGAGGUGCUAUAAGUUUAAGAAGUUUACAGUGCAGUUCCCAUAACGACGAGGCUCUGUACGGUAGAAAGCUGACAUGGAUUCCUCACCAUGACCCUCUUCGACCAUGUUCCUUGUAUUGCAAGGCUAAUGGCACCGAUAUCGUCCACCUGUUUUCUCCAAAAGUCCUUGACGGUACUCGAUGUCGCCCGACCGGGCUCGAUAUGUGUAUCAACGGAGCAUGCUGGACCGUUGGAUGUGACCGUGUUCUCAAUUCCACCAAGGUUAAAGACAAGUGUGGUGUAUGUGAAGGAGACGGGAUAUGUAGGAGGCGAAGCAGACGAUUUGAUUGGUUGUCCACAGGCUUUGGUAGAUGUUCAUCUUCCUGUGGUGUAGGUGUGAAACAAACCCAUUUUGUUUGCCGUAACAAGAGAAAUAAGAGGGUUGUGUCAAACAAAUGGUGCACAAAGAAUAAAAGGCCUAUACCACAACGUGAAGAAUGUUACUUACAGCCCUGCCCACCAAGCGUUUUCAAUUGGCGUGUUGGCCCUUGGAGUGAUUGUUCUACUUCGUGCAAUGGCGGAUAUUCAUGGCGGGCUGUCAUAUGUAUAGAAAUGUUUGCCAAUGCUACCGAGAUAGAAGUUGAGGGAACAAUGUGUGGACAUCCCAAGCCAUCAAACAGAAAGUCAUGUAAUACCCAAGUCUGUCCUACCUGGUACGCUGGUGAAUGGUCACCUUGUAGUGGAAGUUGUGGGGUUGGGUACCAGAGAAGAGAGGUACAAUGUCGACAUACAGGAGAACAAUUCUGUGAUUUUUCAUUGGCCCCUUUGGCUUAUAGAAACUGUUCAACAAGUAUCCCAUGUAGACCAAAUGCCGGUAACCAAAAUGAUGGCUACAUGGCAGCUCUUCAAGGAUCAGAUAUCAAGUCGGACAAGUCUUUAAUAACUGUUAACCAGAAUGAGGUUCUAUCAGGAGUUAAUCUGGCAUUAGAAAAGACAAAUAAUAGCAAUGAUCAACUUAAGACUCCAAAAUUUGUAGUAACAGAAUGGAGCCCCUGCAGUGCUACAUGUGAAAGUGGUAGUCGAUGGAGGCAUGUUCGCUGUAAAGUGUAUUUACCAUUUCUUAAAAGUACAGUUGAUCUCCCUGAUAGUGAUUGUUCAGGUGAAAAGCCAAUUGCUACCGAAAUUUGUUUCACAAAGCCCUGUUAUGAGGACUACGAGUACAGGGCUCUUGGUAUGACAGAUUGCAGCAGAAGUUGUCUUGGAGGUGUCCAAGAGACAAUAGUAAAAUGUGUGCAUAAACAGACAGGCAAAGUGGUUUCUAGCAAGAAAUGUUUAGAAGCCCCAUCUAUUCCAAGUGAGAGAAAAGUCUGCAAUGAUAAAAAUUGUCCUCAGAGGUGGAGAACAGGUGAAUUUAAUAAAUGUUCAGAAUCAUGUGGGGGUGGUCUGAUGACGAGACCAGUGGACUGUAUUCAAGAAUUUGCAACUGGUCCCGAUAGUAUCUUACGGUUACCUGAUUUUAUGUGUUCUGAUGGCAAACCACAGACUGAGAGACGUUGUAAUGUAAUAGAAUGUCCACCAAUUUGGGGAAUAGGAAAUUGGUCAAAGUGUUCCGUUACAUGUGGAAGUGGAUCUCGAACAAGAAAUGUGUACUGUUCAAAGACUCUGGCUACAGGCCAGUUUAUAAACACUACUGAUUAUUUUUGUAAUGGAUUACCUAAGCCAGACAAUUAUCUUGAAUGUAAAUUACCAGCAUGUCCGAAACCAAUCAUCAAGAAAACAGAGGCACAUUUUUUUCAAUUAAAUAAAUUACGGAAAGUGAAAUUAAAGAUAGGAAUGCAAGGAUCGCUUUUACCUGGGACUAGCCUGAUAAUUCAUUGUCCUACAAAGGGUAUGGAUAAACGAUCUAUCACGUGGUAUAAGGAUGGAAUGCCUCUUCCUAUUGGUCGACGUGUCAGAUUAUCGAAGAAACGUUCUCUCAAAAUCAAAAAAUCAAAAGGAGACUUAGAUAGUGGUCUUUACACUUGUAAAGCAGGUUCUUUACAAGCAAAUUCAUUUAUUAAAUUUAUAACUGUGUACGAUAUAUUCAAAGCAACCGUAUUUAGAGAGAAAUUUUUAUCUCAUUUAUCUGAAUCACGUCUAAGAGAAAAUGCGUCUGCAAUUGUAUAUAAGGACCCAAUUGAUAGAACUCAUAAACUUUUACGUCUUGUGUAUAGUAAAUGGCAGAGUUGUUCGGUUUCCUGCGGUGGAGGCCUGCAGGCUAGAAAUGUCAGUUGUGAGAUUAUAACUAAGGACUAUUAUGAAGAGUUUCCCAUGAAGGCUUGUAUUAAAGCUGGACACACACAACCUUCAGUUAUUAGAAGCUGUAACAUACAGCCAUGUGUAGAAUGGAAGACUGCCGAAUGGGGUGAGUGUUCAGACAGGCGUUGUUUACGUAAGCAUACCUCUGUACAGACCCGUAAAAUACACUGUACUAAUCCUAUGGACGGAUCUCAUGUUAAUGAUAGUUUAUGCAAAGAACUGUCAAAGAAUCCAGUCGUGAAGCAAGAAUGUGUGAAUGAGAAUUGUACAACACGGUGGAAUGUUUCUUCGUGGUCAGAGUGUAUGGGAGAAUGCGAAAAGAAAGGCUCUGUUGUCCGUAUGAUAACCUGCAUAUGGACGAAUUCUGGUUUGCCAGCUGGGCAGUUUUGUAAUCAUCUACCUCAACCUAACACACGAAAACCCUGCCAAAUGUCAAAAUGUAAACCAAAAUGUACCGAUUACUCGACGUAUUGUAGUAUGGCCAAAUUAAUGAAUCUGUGCAGAUACAAAAGUUUUAAGAGAAAGUGUUGCCUAACUUGUGUUGCAAAACCAUUAUAAUGUACAUAAAAUGUUAUAAACUUGAAUUGUUUCUGUACUUUAUUGUGUAUUUGUUAUAUAUACUUAUAUAAAACGUUCAUGAAUGUAAAUAUUGACAGGUUGACAUACGAACUGUAUAUUUUCAUUGAGAUUAUGUAUAUUUAUUUUUACACAAUGUAAGGAUUUUAUACUUGUCAUUUAGUUGGGAUUCCAAAAAAGAAGCAGUAAACGUCUUAUAGAAUCACAUUAAAUCAUCACUAGUUG